GAGGGGGAGGGGGAGGAGGAGUAGGAGGGAGGUCUGUCGGCUGCAGGAUUCCAUCACUCUUAGCAACCGUUGUUGAGUUACCACGGAAACGCUCUGCGAUGUUCUCUGCUUCUCCUUUGUCCUCCUCCAUCACUCUCCUCUCUCUCUCUCUCUCUCUCUCUCACUCCAUCCCGUCUUUAUUGCUGGUCGACUUCCUCCUCGCGUUGCUACGGCGAUGCUCUGGGACAGCUGAGCUGGAUCAUUUUGCAGCCGCAGUGCCGGAGCGCAGAGCUCAACUGUUAGCUGUGAAGGAAGUCGUCAGCCCAUCAGCUCGUUUACUUGUUGGUGUUUGAUCGACUAACAGAUGCCGUCAGUCUGCUCCUGCUCUCCAACUUUUUGAAAAAACACUAUACUUUGUCUUGUGACCUUUAACCCCCUCGGCUUCUCUAACGGACCAGAUCAGAGAUCAUCACUUUGGAUCGGCCGGGCCGUCAGGUGACAUCACAGGAAGUUGGAUGAAGUUCGAUCGAACCCAAACACUCUCGGCUGUGAUUGGCAUAGAUGUUUUCACAACUCCAUCAGUCUGAGAGACGUCCGGACGCUUCACAGAGACCAAACUCUUCUUUGUGAACUCUUACACUCACCUUAAUAACCCCUAACCUCCUUCUCCUCAUUCACUACACCGAGAUGAACGAGGAGGCGGAGGAGGCGCAGCUGCCCGAGGAGGUGCUGCAGGAGGAGGAAGUGCAGCAACAGGAGGAAGUGCAGCAACAGGAGGGACAGCAAGAAGAGAAGAUGCCCCAACAGGACGUAGGACAGGAGGAGGUGGAGUCUGAGGAGGUGCAGCAGAAAGAGGAGGAGCAAUAUGGAGAAGAGUUGCAGCAGGAGCAGGAGGAGGUGCAGCCUGAGGAGCACCAGCAGAUUGUGGAGGAGCAGCAGGAGCAGGACGAGGUGGUGCAGCAGCAGACUGAGCAGGAGCAGAUGGAGGAGAAGCAGCAGACUGAGGAGCUGCAGCAGACGGAGGAGGAGGAGGAGGAGCAGCAGCAGCAGGAGGAGGUGCAGACUGAGGAGAUGUCACAGACUGAGGAUCAGCAGACGGAGGAGCAGCAGCAGCAGACUGAGCAGGAGCAGCAGCAGAUUGAAGAAGCGCAGCAGCAGACUGAAGAGGUGCAGAUUGAGGAGGUGCAGCAAACGGAGGCACAGCAGCAGAUUGUGGAGGCGCAGUACUUUGUGGACGCUUCGGAGCAGAACUAUAAUAACCAGGUCUUGCUUCGACUGAGAGGGAUGCAGAAAUAUAAAAGUGCCUCACAGAGGCUGAAGGGGGUCCUGGAGCAGAUGGACCGGGGUGUCGUGGACCUGCAGGAGCUCCGCAGGAACCUGGAGCUCGCUGCGGCCAUGCUGGACAGUGUUUACACUGAUGAGACCAAGCGUCUGUUGGACACCGAGGACGAGCUCAGCGACUUGCAGGCGGAGUCGGUGCCCAGCGAAGUACGUGACUGGCUGGCAUGUACCUUCACCCGGAAGAUGGGUGUGGCCAAGCGACGUCCCGAGGAGAAGCCGAGAUUCAGGAGCAUCGUCCAUGCAGUGCAAGCUGGGAUAUUUGUAGAAAGGAUGUACAGACGGACAUCCAACAUGGCUGGUCUGACCUACCCUCCCACGGCUUUGACAGCUUUGAAGGAAGUGGAUCACUGGUCGUUUGAUGUGUUUUCCUUCCACGAGGCCACCUCAGACCACGCCCUCAAGUUCCUGGUCUACGAACUGAUGACCCGCUAUGACCUCAUCAACAGGUUCAGGAUCCCGGUGCAGGCUCUGGUGCAGUUUGUUGAAGCUCUGGAGAACGGCUACAGCAAACACAAGAACCCCUACCACAACCUGAUCCACGCCGCUGAUGUCACUCAGACUGCCCACUUCCUGAUGCUACACACUGGACUGAUGCACUGGCUCAGCGAGCUGGAGAUUCUCGCGAUGGUUUUUGCUGCAGCGAUUCACGACUUCGAACACACAGGAACCACCAACAACUUCCACAUCCACACCAGGUCGGAGACGGCCAUUCUGUACAACGACAGGUCGGUGCUGGAGAACCAUCACGUCAGCGCCGCCUACAGGCUGAUGGCAGAGGAGGACAUGAACAUCCUGAUCAACCUGAACAAGGACGACUGGAGGGAGCUGAGGGCUCUGGUGAUAGAGAUGGUGAUGUCCACAGACAUGUCCUGUCACUUCCAGCAGAUCAAGACCAUGAGGAACUCCCUGUCACAGACACCGUGUCUAGACAAAGUGAAGGUUUUGUCUCUGAUGCUUCACGCGGCAGACAUCAGUCAUCCAGCCAAAGCCUGGCCGCUGCACUACCGCUGGACUCACAGUCUGAUGGAGGAGUUCUUCAGACAGGGAGAUAAAGAGGUGGAACUCGGCCUUCCUUUUUCUCCUCUCUGUGACCGCAAAGCCACCAUGAUCGCCCAAUCACAGAUAGGUUUCAUAGACUUCAUCGUGGAGCCAACUUUCAGCGUUCUGAUCGACACGACAGAGAAAGUGAUUGGUCCUCUGAUAGAAGAGGACAAGAAGGGCAAAGAGAGGUCCAGUCUAACAGGAAGUGGCACAGUUACCGUGGAGUCGGUGCAGAGACACAGCAGUAAUCGCCAUGGGAACAGUAAUGAUGGACCGAUAGACUUCUCCCUAACAGCCAUCGACCUGCCGGCUCUGAAAGUCCACCUAUCCGGUGUCAUUGGCAGCAACAAGGACAGAUGGAAAGAGCUGUCUGUGCACGAGCUGGCUAAUAAGGAACAAAAGGAAAAAGAGGAAGUGGAGUCUAAUGUCAACUCAGACGUCCAAUCACACGCCUCCCCCAGUCACAGUGUCCCCGAUGGACCCACCUCUGACCAAUCACAGAACUCAGAGGGCCCCCCUCCUGAUGGAACACAAGACAACAAGUCACCUGUUCACCUGACCUGGAACGGGGCGGGGCCAGGGGAAGAGAAGGAGGAGGUCGGUGAUGAAGUGCCUGAAAACGCCUGAUGGCGCUCCAUGGCGGAGCUGUAUCGGACUGUGGCAGAUCACCAUGGCAACAGGUGGAACGGUGCAGUGACAUUGAGGGUUCAGACUCUUCUGUUUAAACGCAGCAGCUGGCUCAUUGGCCCCUAGGUGGCCCCCCCAAAGGGCCGCUAGACCUCAUGUUUACAACUGACCAUGAAAAUACCACAUUCAAAGUGACUCAUCAGAUAACAGCUUCUUAGCAGCUUCACGAUCCAUUCACUGUGGUGAAAGUGUUUUAUGAUUUUAUUAGAGGCUCAGAGGAACAAUGUCGGUGAAAAUAUCAAAAUUUAUAAAUAAAGACUGACAGGUGAAAACCAAAGAGCGUAUACAGUGGCUGUUCAUAAGGUUAAAUAUUUAUUAUCUGGAGGAAUGAGACAUGGAGCUGUUAAGAAGCGGAGGUUUUGUGAAUGGAGGUGAGCGCAGCGACAGGUGUGUUGUUAUACGCCUCUUAUAAUAUGUAGAAGAAGAGUGACUUCUGCUCUGUUCUGGGUUCAAAUUAUCAAGCAUGUUGUCCUUCUGGCCACGCCCCUACACAGUAUUUAUGAUGUCAGAGCUGAGUUGUUGUUAACCACAUGGCUUUAGGUCCAGACUGAAAUAUCUCAACAGCUAUCGGAUGGAUUGCCGUGAAAUUGUGUACAGACAUUCAUGGUUCCCAGAGGAUGUAUUGUAUUGACUUUGGUGAUCGUCUGACUUUUCCUCUAGCGCCACCAAGAGGUUGGUUUAUGUGGUUUUGAGUGAAAUGUCUCAACAACUAUGAACUGUAUUAACUUUAUGUCCAUCAUCACAUAUGACCAAAUACCUGCAAAACUAAUGAUAUAUCCCCAUCAGCUUCAGCUGUAUUUUGUGCUUAGUGCUAGUUCACAAAAUGUUAACAUGCUAACUAGGGCUGGGUAUCGUUUAAAAACUUACGAUGCCAGUACCAAUACCAAUACAAAUACAAACACCAAUACCAAUACCAAUACCAAUACCAGUACCCUUAAAGUUUUUACAUUCAAAGUUUCUAUUGAGGAUUUCGGAUUGUUGUCAUAUUUUAUGAUGACAGCACCCUAAAAGAAAUCCUCGAGUCUCAAAUUCUCAAUUUGAAUAAAAUGAUUUAUCGGAUUUAAUGAGCCAGUCUUUUUUUUUUCAAACUGAUAAUUAUAUUCAACAAAUUUCUUUGUUGAAUAUAAUUAUCAGUUUGAUUUGAUUAAUGCUAGACCGCCCCUUUAAUAGAGGUGCAUCCUUUGUGUGCUGUGAGUGGGAACACAGUUUUGGGCUGCAGUGAAAAUGUUGUUUUUGAAAGGCUAAACGCCAACAAAUAUGGAUUGAAGCAGAAUAUAUCGUUAGAUAAAGGAUUGAUUGUGAAUUGUGGAAAUAAUUACAUCUAUCUUUUUUCAAUAAAUUUUGUCUUUUGGACUGAAGUCUGAAAACAAUCCUACGCAGCCGCUGUGCGCAAUACACAAGUCCUGGGUCGCACUCGCUUGGGCUUGAUUCAAAUUCAUGGUGUGAGCGGUACUGGAGCGAAAUUGGAGAGGGAUUAAAAAAUCCAUUCUGCGCACCAUCUAAAAUCCUACCGCUCACGCUCCCUGCUCGCUCGUGCUCCACUCCGCUCACACUCUCUGACAAAUACCAAUUUUUUUCUAAAUCUAGGCACAAAAAGGAUUGAUAUUGUUUGACUGGAAAAGUUUCGAUACUAUUUGGUACUGGUUUAUUUUGGUUGAUACCUUAAAGGUAUCGAGUACCGAUACCCAGCCCUAUUGCUAACACACUAAACUAAGAUGGUGAACAUGGUAAACAUUAUACCUGGUACACAUCAGCAUGUUAGCUUUACUAUUGUGAACAUGUUAGCCUGCUGACGUUAGCAUUUAGCUCAAAGCACUGCUGUGCCAAAGUAGCCUCACAGAGCCGCUAGCAUGGCUGUAGACUCUUAGUCUUGUUGUUACUUGAUUGGUUGGUGAUAAUGUUGUAUGGAAGUACGGGAUAGGGUAAAACUGGCACUUUUUCGCUGUACAAUCCUAAACAUGUGUUGCGAGGAAGUCAAUCAAAAGAUGUCAGCUCACACAAAUUCACCCUAGUUGGUGCAAACUGAUGUCGAAAAUGUUUCAGUGUGGCAAAAAAACAAACAAACUGCACUCAGCUUCAUGACCGUUAAGUUGCACUGAAAAAAAAAAAAAAAAACAUGUCCAGGUGGUGUUCAUAACCAUGUGACCAAAAGGAGCAUGAUGACCACAAAUAAAGGUGUACAUUGUAA